UGUGGGUGUAAAGAUAGUUGCCCCCCCCAUUUAAUUUUGAACUAGUGUCAUGAAUGGGGCCAAAACUGCUGAGGAACCUACUGCCAAGAGUCUAUUUGGUGCUUGGUCUGGUGUGCGUGUGUAUGUGUUGUAAAAGAAAGAGGAUUGUUCAGGCCGGUGUGGUCAGCCUCGCUCAAUGCCUUAGGCAUCAGUAGCUGACGCCAGCCGAAAAAGUAGUCAGUACGUGAUGAACGAAUGCACAGUACAGGCAAAGAGUGCGCUCCUGAAACUGACUACUGUUUUGUCUUUUACAGAUGAUGACCUCAUUCAAGAAUUCCUGUGGAUGGACUGCUGCUGUAAAAUGACACACGAGUAUCUUCUGGCCAUGGCCUUUGUGUACUUCAAAAGAGCCCGCUUCACUUUUGCUGAAUACACCAGGAAAAUUUUUUUCAUUGCAUUGUAUCUUGCCAAUACCAUGGAGGAGGAUGAGGAGGAGAGUAAGUAUGAGAUUUUUCCAUGGGCGCUGGGCAAGAACUGGAGGAAGCACUUUCCCUGCUUCUUCAAGCAGCGAGACAAGCUGUGGGGUCGCAUUGAGUACAAAGCUGCUGUGAAGAGGUGCACAGAAGUAGAAUUGCCUGAGGAGAAUGAUAAAUGGUUUUUUUUCUUUUUUUUUUUAUGGGUCUUAUUUUUGCUGUUCAUGUCAAUCUGUAUUGCUUUGGUUUAAUGCCAGAAUUUUUUUUAAGUUACUUUUUUAGGGUCCUGUAUGUAUUUUUGUUCUUCUUUUAGGUGAUGGCCAUUGUGCCCUCUCACUUUGUGUGGCAGCGAGAGAGAGAGGAGCACCACAGUGGUGCCCAGAGGCAGUACAGUGAUUCGUAGAUUGUUUAUAUUGUUAAUAUAAUAAUAAACGUGAAUCCACUGUGUUGAAAAU